CGUUCUUGCAUCUAUUGAAGCUUCAAGGAACUACCCAAUUACGAGAACAGAUCGGGGGGCGCACGACCCAGAUCACUUUCAUGUGAUUAUUUACGAGGCUGGUUGGGGCACGCCCACCCAACGGUCACGAGACGUUUAGAUAGCGAACAAAAAGGGACUGAUAUCCAAAUCGCUGACCCCAAAAAAACACCUCCCCGCAAACCCACCAUGGAGUUCACACCCGCCUACUCAUUGGGAGACCGUCAUGGCUCGCUGACAAACCUCGCAGGCGCCUCCAGGUCCCGGUCCCGUUCCCGGUCCAGAAACAGAAAGCUGAAUGCUUCGUCCAGAUCAAACAGUAACACCAGAAGACCGUCGUUAUCAGGAGGAAAGAGAUCGCUUUCAGCAUCGUCACUCACCAAGUUAACGGUCACGCCCACCAACAUUGAUGCAGACAAGUCCAUUCCCACCGUGUCUGCCACGUUGGACAACUCGUUGCCGUUGGACUUCUUCAAGCAAGAGUUGAUUGCGUUGAUCAAGGCAUUGAAGAUCAGCAAGUGGCACAAGCGCCAGCUCACCAUCGCUAACAUGAGCGUGUCGAGAAUUUCGGGAGCGUUGACCAACUCCAUCUACCAGCUCGAGUACAACGACCCCCAGCAGCACUUGAGGCUUCCUGCGUUGCUUCUUCGUGUGUACGGUAAGAACGUGGACUCCAUCAUCGACAGAGAGCUGGAGUUGGAGAUCUUGAUCAAGUUGUCGCAGAAGCGCAUCGGACCCCGUUUGCUCGGGAUCUUCUCCAACGGAAGAUUCGAGCAGUUCUUGGAGGGCUUCAACACCCUUUCCAAGGACCAGAUUCGAGACGAGGUGCUCUCGCAAAUCUUGGGCAGAAGAAUGAAAGAUUUGCACUACAAGAUAGAAUUAGACCCUAAGGACACAUCCUCAGAUUUGCCCAUGUCCUGGAAGCUUAUCUACAAGUGGCUAGACAUCUUCGAAACCCUGAUCCUACCAAACUACGUGGACAAGGACUUUGACACCAAGGAGGUGUUCCUCUUAGAUUUCUACAAGUUCAAGCAACUUAUUGAAAAGUACAAAACUUGGCUUUUUGCCAAAUACGAACCGGAUUCGUUCACUUCUAACUACAAAUUUUGUCACAACGACACCCAAUACGGCAACUUAUUAUUGCACGAAUCUUUCAAGCCAGAUGAUAUUAUCGUGGACAAAAGCAAUAGCGAAGAAAAGACGGCGAUCAAGUCUACCUCCAACAAAAAGGAUGGCAAUUUGGUGGUUAUCGAUUUCGAGUAUUCGGGUCCCAACUUCCCUGCCUAUGACUUGGCUAACCACUUCUCGGAAUGGAUGGCAGACUACCAUGACCCUGUUAAGUCUUACUACAUCCACGAAGACCAAUUCCCAAACCAGAUCGAACAAUUGAAUUUGAUCAAGGCUUAUGUUGAAUAUGAGUUCCAGUUCCCUUCCUCCAACAUUAAAACAGGCAAGACUUCCGAGCAACAUCUUAUCGAUAACUCUGCUUCCGAAUUGGUGCAGUACGAAAUCAAAAAGAUGUACAACGAGUGUAUUUACUGGAGAGCCACCGUGCAGAUCUAUUGGUGUCUUUGGGGGUUAAUCCAGAAUGGUCCAUUAAAGUCGAGUCCAGCAUCCCCUCCCCAUAUUGCUCCCAGCAAAUCUGAAAUGGGUGUGGACAGUACUUACAACAUCACUACUGCUUUGGAAUCGGCCACAUUGGAAGAUAACGAGUUGGUGGAAGAAGCAAUCACCUCCAACGAUGAUGACUUUGACUACUUGAAGUACUCGCAACAGAAGUCAGCACUUAUUGUUGGUGAGAUGAUCGGUUUGGGCUUGUUGGAGAAGGAGGACAUAGAUGAGAAGUAUUGGGAUUUAAUCAAGUACUUGGAUUGUAAAGCAUACGAUCUCUAGACGUGAUAUAAUUAAUUCUUAAUUCCAGAUAACAAAAGAUAUAGAUAAUCUCUGUAUAAUUAUAGCAUAAUAAAAGCAUUUGGAAAGA